CCAUCCCCAAGUAUAAAAAAUAAAAAAGUAUAGCAAUAGACCAAGAAAAUUGACAAUAUGGCAUUUUACAGGGACAUUUUAUCCGUCAAUCACUGAGAAAUCGCCAACCUGAAAACCAUGAACCCUGAAGACGGUGACGUUUUAGUGUCCAAUGGUGAGACCUUCGCACUAGGGUUUUUCAGUACCAAAAAUGGAAGCAUGUGAGGGACAAGUGUUUGAGAAAUUGUUCAUGCUCAGCUUACACUAGUGAAGGAGGAGGCAUUUGCAUCACGUGGUAUGGGAAUUUGACGGAUACAAGAGUGUUCUCUAAUGGGGGAUUGGACUUGUACGUACGGGUGGAUGCAGUCGAAUUAGCAGCUCAACAAUAUUCAAAGAAGCCCAGAAGUUUACAUGGAAAGAUAGUGGCCGUUUGUUGCUUCUUAUUACGAUCCCCUUGGUGUAUUGGUUGGUGAUUAUAAAGAGAAGAAGAGGAGGCAACAUUCAGAUCAAAAAAAAAAAAAAAAAAACAUUCAGAUCAAUGAUGAAGAAAAAGUAGAAUUACCUAUCUUUGAUAUCGCCACCAUUAGCAGGGCAACUAACAAGUUUUGUGACGCAAAUAAAAUUGGAGAAGGUGGUUUUGGGCCUAUUUACAAGGGUCUGCUAUCAACUGGAAAGGAGAUAGCUGUCAAACGGCUCUCAACUACCUCGAAACAAGGUCUUAAUGAAUUCAAAAGUGAAAUGACUUUGAUUGCCAAACUUCAAUACCGUAAUCUGGUUAUGCUUUUGGGAUGUUGCAUCCAUGGAGAAGAAAGAAUGUUAAUUUACGAGUACAUGCCCAAUGGAAGCUUGGAUUCUCUCAUUUUUGCAGGUGUAGAAAACACAAUAAGUAAAUCACUUACAUGGAGGAGACGCUUAGAUAUUAUUGUUGGGAUUGCUCAAGGGGUUCUUUAUCUACAUCGAGAUUCAAGAUUGAGAAUUAUUCAUAGGGAUCUCAAAGCCAGCAAUGUCUUAUUGGAUUGUGGGAUGAAUCCUAAAAUUUCAGAUUUUGGCCUAGCUAGGACUUUUGGAGGAGAUCAAUCAUCCGCAACAACAAGAGUGGUUGGAACUUAUGGUUACAUGUCACCGGAAUAUGUAAUUGAUGGACUCUUUUCAAUAAAAUCCGAUGUCUUUAGCUUUGGAGUCAUGAUAUUAGAAAUAUUGAGUGGCAAAAGCAAUAGGCGAUUCCAUCAUCCAGACCAUAAUUUUAACCUUCUUGGGCAUGCAUGGAAACUUUGGAUAGAAGGGAAGGCAUUUGAGCUAUUAGAUCCACUGGUGGAGGGUUCAUUUUCAAUGUCAGAAGUACUAAGGUGCAUACAGAUUGGUCUUUUAUGCGUGCAAAAAUGCCCCAAAGAUAGGCCAACUAUGUCAACUGUGCUCUUAAUGCUGAUUACUAAGACUAUAGUGCUGCCCCAACCCAACCAACCUGGCUUUUAUACAGAGAGGAAAUCUAGUGACACAAAAAUUAUUUGUUGGCUCCGAGCAACAAUAUGACUAUGUCACAACUAGAUCCUCGAUUAAAUUGUUUGAAAUAAUUUAUUAGUGAAUAUACUAUAAGACACUACUACCGAGAAUGAUAAAUAAAUCAUCACAAACCACAUAUACAAAUUUGUAAAUUUGUAAAUUUGUAAAGUGCUUUGAGAUAUAGCCAUCAACCAUGAUUGAUUUGAUUUA